AUCGAGAUGUUUAAAAGUAAUUUGAAUAUUAUGUGUAGGGGACAAUACAAUUUUUAUGACUUAUAUGUGACUUGGUCUAUGAUUGUUUAAAAUAUAAAAUUGCAGCCAAUGGUUUGAUUACAGCUAAAAAAACAGUUUCGUGUUGGCUUCUAUUACACCAAAACCCUUCAAACUCAGUUUCGACCCUUUUGUAAUGGAAGUUGGACAAGCGAAUCCGCUUCUUGGUGAAUCGUCUUGCUGUUCCACCACCGUUAAAUCCUCCUGGUGGCAGCGAAUUCACAGAAACAACCACCAGGAGCCACGGUGGUGGGUGCGAGCGUUUCUAAAGAUCCGAGAAUGGUCGGAGAUCGUGGCUGGGCCACGGUGGAAGACUUUCAUCCGCAGAUUCAACCGCGAUCCACGCCGAGGUCAAGACUGGGACGAUAGUGACAAAUUCCGAUACGAUCCUGUGAGUUACACUUUGAGUUUCGAAGAUGAAGACAAAGACGACGACGACGAAGCUGGAGUCGGUGGAGUCAGAAGCUUCUCGAUGCGCUACGCUUCUGUCCCCGUUGCUUCAGGUAAAUCUCCCGCUGUUAUCAGCGUUGACGCCGUGAAAUGAUAUCUCUUCGGACGAGUUCGACGAUAGGCGUUUGAAAAGUCUCUCGUAUGAGUUGCGUUUCCUCCUUGUUUAUUAUUUGUUUAAAAGUUAAGUUUGGUUUGAUUUAUUAUUUAUCGUUGAAAGUUACUCCUCUUUCAACGUGUCUUGUAAAUGUAUCACGACGGUCUAAUAUUUUGAUUCUAUAAUUUUCCUGUGUUC